UUCACAGAAUUGGUAGUAGCAAAAUUCAAUUUCCAUAACUCAACAAAAAUGGCUGCACCACCAACCAACCUUCAUUUUGUUAUGUUCCCUCUAAUGGCUCAAGGUCAUUUGGUACCCAUGGUAGAUAUUGCUAGAAUACUAGCCCAACGUGGUGCAACAGUCACCAUAAUCACCACACCUCAUGAUGCUAACCAGGUUAGACCCGUUAUCUCCCGAGCCAUCGAAGCCAAGCUCAAUAUUCAACUACUCGAACUCCAACUUCGGGUAGCCGAAGUUGGUUUGCCCGAAGGGUGCGAAAACUUCGACGAACUUCCUUCAUUUGAGUACCGAAAAGAACUCGCGGCUGCCAUGGAUAUGUUGGAACAACCGGCUGAAGAUUUGCUUCGGACACUUUGCCAGCCUCCGGAUUGCAUCAUCUCGGACUUUUUGUUCCCAUGGACUACGGAUGUGGCUCUACGGCUUAACAUUCCGCGGCUCGUGUUUAAUGGGCCGGGAUGUUUCUAUCUCUUGUGUAUUCAUGUUGCCUUCAGUUCCAACAUUCUCGGAGAGAUUGAAUCGGACACGGACCGCGUUGUCUUGCCCGGUUUUCCUGACCGGGUUGAAGUUACUAAGCCUCAGAUCACCGGUGCCUCUAAAGCAAUCUCGGAAGAUGACAUAGAGUCGUGGGUCCGUUUUGCCGAAGCUGAGAAGGCUGCAUAUGGGAUUGUGGUUCAUACUUUUGAGGAACUGGAGCCCGAGUAUGUUAAGGAAUAUGCAAAGGUGAAAAACAAGAAAAUAUGGUGCAUAGGCCCGGUUUCCCUAUGCAACAAAGAAGGCCAGGACAUAGCUGAGAGAGGUAACAAGGCAGCCAUAAAUGAACACGACUGCCUAAAAUGGCUCGACGAAAGGGAACCAGGGUCCGUAUUGUACGUCUGUUUAGGAAGCCUUGCACGAGUUUCAACUGCACAAGCAAUCGAGCUUGGGCUAGGACUCGAGUCCCUAAACCGACCUUUCAUAUGGUGCGUACGCAACAAAACAAAAGAACUCGAAACAUGGUUUUUAGAACAAGGUUUUGAGGAUAGGGUCAGAAACCGUGGGUUGAUCAUCCACGGCUGGGCUCCACAAGUGUUAAUAUUGUCACACCGAGCCAUCGGUGGUUUCUUAACGCAUUGUGGAUGGAACUCGACACUAGAAGCGAUAUGCACAGGAGUUCCAGUAGUCACGUGGCCUUUUUUCGCAGACCAGUUUCUAAAUGAAGUUUUGAUAGUUGAAAUAUUGAAGAUUGGAGUUAGGAUUGGUGUUGAGGUUGUGGUUGCUUUCGGAGAAGAAGAUAAGGUUGGAGUGUUGGUGAAGAAGGAAGAUGUGAAGAGGGCUGUAGAAUGUUUGAUGGAAGAAAAUGAAGAUAUAGAACAAAGAAGAAGGGUGAAAGAGCUUGCAAAAAUGGCGAAGAUAGCAAUAGAGGAAGGUGGAUCUUCUUAUGAAAAUGUAUCAUCUUUGAUUCGAGAUGUUACUGAAACAGUUAGGAUAGAACGUAACAAGCCAUUGAUAGAUCAAUAAUCAUUUUGUUGUCAUUAGUUUGGGUGUUCUAUACCAAUGAAUACUAUAUUAACUAUAUAUUAUUUAUUUAUGAAAUGAAUAUCAUUUUUACAUUA